UAGGGAUUAGGUGCAGGGCAAGAUGGCUUGCAGUGUAAGAAUCGAAGGGAGCAAGGAGACAUUCGGAGAGAAUUCCUAAAAUUUUAUACUGUGUCUUGCCACUUCUAAGAUGAGCCGGUUCUUGAAUGUACUUCGUAGUUGGCUAGUUAUGGUGUCCAUAAUUGCCAUGGGGAACACAGUGCAAAGCUUCAGAGACCACAGUUUCCUUUCUGAAAAAUUGUAUACAGGCAAGCCAGGCCUUGUAAAUGGUCUCCAAGCUCGAACCUUUGGCAUUUGGACCUUGUUGUCUUCUGUGAUUCGCUGCUACUGUGCCAUUGAUAUCCGCAACAAGACCCUCUAUAACAUCACACUUUUGACCUUCUUCAUUGCCCUGGGCCACUUCCUCUCUGAGUUGUUUAUUUAUGGCACAGCAGCUGCAACGAUUGGUGUCCUGGCACCCUUAAUGGUGGCAAGUUUCUCCAUCCUGGGAAUGCUGAUUGGGCUACAGUACCUUGAGGUAGAAGCCACAUCACAUAACAAGAAACGGAAUUGACAUUACAUCACCUGUCUUCCAAUCUGCCCUCCAGUCAGCUUCCAGUGUCUACCAUAUUAUCUUCCUGAUCUUCUUUUUCGAGCCUGUACUAUACAAGACGGAACAUUCUUAGAUUUCCCUAUUAGUUAUUUUAGUUCCCAUUUAAUUUUGAUAUGAGCAGAUAAUGGCAGAAAAAUAGUUUUGAGCAGUUCCUCCAAAUUGGGCAUGGGGAGCAGUAUCUUAAAGCAUCAUGAGAUGUAGUAGAAAAGCCAAAUGAAGUUGUUCCAGAUGAAGGUUAUAGAUUGGCUCUCUUGACAUUCUGAUGGCAAAAGAUAGAAAAAGCAGUGUUGCCCAAAAUUUGCUGAAAGAGGGGGCAUGUAAUGUCUCCAUGGCACUCGGCAUAGUUGUCCAUAAGUAUGGCUUGCCAUAAAUGAAAGGGAACUGGGAAAACUUGUGAGGAAGAAGUAUCUCAUGUCUGAGCUAAAUCCAAAGUACCUUAUACAUUAUUUUUGAAGAUUAAAGAUAAAGAGUGAAGCUUGGUCCUUUUUUUCCU